UGCAAGUAUCCAGGAAGCAACGUCGACUUGUUUUGCUGUAGAAGCUACAAGUCAUAACAGAAGAGUCGGGAAACACAUAACAUUCAUUUUAAUCAUGGAUAACGGUGUCACUGAACAGAAAAAGGAUUGGGAGAAGACGAAGGAGGCGGUUGCGAACUUUCGACAACUGCUGCUUUGCUCCAAAUGCUCGGAUUUAAUGACGGAACCUGUGUGUCUGGGAGUGUGCGAGCAUAUGCUGUGCAGGUCUUGCGCCGGCCCCCGGGCAGGAGAUGGCUGCGCAGUGUGUCGGAGUCCUGCGUGGGUGAAGGACAUCCAAAUCAACAGGCAGCUCAGCAGCAUUGUACAGCUCUUCUGUGGUUUGGAGUCCCUGCUUAAUCCUAUGAAACAACCAGCUGAGGUCCAAACACAACAUAAGAGCCCUGUCCUUAAACACAAGAAGAACUUCAAGAUCUGGUUUAGCCCCCGUAGCCGCAAGGUACGCUGCAUGGUGGAGAAGCCUUCUGAGGUCGCCGCACCGGAGAGCACAUCCUCUAUAGAGGAAGCAGCUGCAGCACAGCCAGACACCGUCACCUCUCAACACGAGGACCUGUCAGUUUUUAAUUUCACCUCAUCCUCCCAAGACUCGAGCUCUUCUUGUUCUCAGAAAUGCAAGAGUGAAAACAGGCAGAAGAGGUCAACUAGGAAAAACGCUGCCAGCAGGAAGGUGACGGUGCAAGGGACCAACAGGACCACACGAAAACAGACCAAGCAGCAGAUGAAGAAGAACAGGCUAGAGGCUAUAAACCAGCAGUGGGGGAUCACCGAGGAGGCAGAUGCCCUAAAGGAAAAGGAGCAGCCCUGUGCGGAUGGGGCAAGGAGGUCCAGUAAAAGAGUUUCCUUCCUAAGCCCUGCUGUCACGUCUGACGAGCCUCAGCCUGCAGUGCCACAGGGGAGUAUUAAUGAACUCAGCCCGAGUAGAAGCACCACGAGGGAGAGUCUCUCAGUAGGCAGCGUCACUGUACUGAAUGACCAAACCCAGCCCGGUCAGAAAGUGACGGACAGUGUCGGCCAGCAUGACAAACUGCCUGAAACAGACAAUCCUAAAAAGCAGGAUAACGUAUCUCCCCCAAAGCACUCAUCAAAAAGAUCCAGAGAGGAGGAGAAGGUCGCCACGUUGGAGACCACACCAAAAAGGCCCAGGGCUUCCCCAGGCAGGCGGAGGAAAUCACAGAUGUCUCCAGCUGUCCUCAACCCUCCAUCUUCGGCUAGCCCCAGGUGUGAUAAGAGCAUCAAACACUCGAGAGGAGAGCAAGGAGACAGCCCCUCUGUCCGAGCCAGUGCUGGUAGAAAAUCUCCCUGCUCUCCUGGUGCAUCUUUUGGACGGCCCACAACAGGGAGCCCUGCGGUUAUGAAGAGGAACCACAAGGGAGAGACCCUGCUGCAUCUAGCUGCUAUAAAGGGGGAUGUAGAGGCUGUCAAGGAACUGCUGGACCAGGGGGCUGACCCUAACCUGAAAGAUAAUGCUGGGUGGACACCUCUGCACGAAGCAUGCAACCUGGGUCACCUGGCGGUUGUGGAGGUGUUGGUCUCGAGGGGAGCCCUGUUGAAUACGCCCGGCUAUGAAAAUGACUCACCGCUCCACGAUGCCGUGAGGAACAGUCACCCAGCCAUUGUGAAACUGCUGCUGCAGCUCGGAGCCUCGCAGAAUGUACUUAAUCUGAAUGGAAAACGGCCUGCAGAUUACGCAGUGAGUGCGAAGAUGCUGGAGAUUUUCCAGGAAGCCUCAGAAGGAACCCAAAGUGCUAACGCAUCUCUGAGCCCCUCAGCCAGUCUAUCUGUGGUGAGCGACUGUGGGAGGAGGGAUGAAAUGUUGGUGUUUUUGGCCAGCAAGCUGGCACAGCCAGAACAGCUCCAAGUGGCCAAACUGGGAGAGCUACUGGGAGGAAGGAUGGCUGACACCUUUUCUGGCUCAGUGAGCCAUGUCGUGGUGCCAGAAGGACACAUGCCCACCACCAUCUCCACCCUCCUGGGUCUUCUUGCUGGCUGCUGGGUUGUCAAAUUCAGCUGGGUGGAGGCAUGUCUGCAGGCAGGCAAGUGGAUACCCGAAACCGAGCACGAAGCGGGAGAAGGCCCCCAGCGCAGCCGUGUCAACAGAUGUAGCUUGCUCCCACCGCUCUUCGAUGGCUGUUUCUUCUUCCUGCUCGGCUCCUUUAAGGCGCCUCCCAGAGACGAGCUCACCAAGCUGCUCCGGGAAGGAGGAGGUCAACUCCUGACCCGGCAGCCCAAGCCCGACAGCGAUGUGACGCAGACCCUGAGUGCCGCCGCCUACCAUGCGCUGCCAGGCUCCGACCAGGCCCUCUGCACGCAGUACAUCAUCUUUGACCCCCAGGGAGCUCACAAGCCGGCAGUAGUGAGGCGAGGUAAGGUGUGGUGGGCACCUUCUACCUGGCUUAUCAACUGCAUCACAGCCUUCCGCCUCCUCCCUGUGUCGGACCCUCAAACAUCAGUCUAAACAUGCUUUUCAUAAAAUCAAUAAUCAUUUUGAGAUCUCAUUUGUCCUUGAGUAUGGUCAUCAUGUGUUUGUUUGUUUGUUUCAAUGCACAGUAAUUAAGUCGACAUGAGUCUUAUUAACAAUAAUGAAACACUGUGACUCUUUAAAUCUAAAAUUA